AUGGUAGCGGGGCGUCAGAUUCUGGGCAUUCUUGCCGGCUUCAGCAACAAGCUCUACAACGUUGAGUGGUCCUUCGACAAAGGCAUCCCCGAGAAACACGUUGAUCAUACUCUUGUCACGCUGAUGCUCGGGGAUGAGAGGGGCGCCAGUGGUGUCCAGCCCGUCAUCGAGCUCUAUGACGACAACGGCAACAUCAUAGGAUCCCGUAUCACCAGCGAAAGCGACACCAUCUCCAAAAACGACAAACUCGACGACCACGUCUACAAGAUCAAGCACGACUUGCACUGGAACCCCAUGGAGACGCCAAAGUACGCAGUCGUCAACCAAUGUAGUAAGGAUGCGAUCUGUAUCUCGGCCAUGCAGUUCUCCAACGGCAACCAGUCUGUCGUCUUCUUCGGCGACAUGGGAGCCUUAUGUGGCCAGACCUGGUUUUUCAGCCGACGCCGCCUCAGCCCUUCAUUGCCGCACCCAAAGUGCGUCUGGCUCGACUUGGACCACACCACGGGCUUCAACGCGCGGGCAAUGAGCUUCCAUCUCAACGAUCUGCUUGGGACUCCGGACAAGGUCAAGAUGUACCAGGAGAACCACGACUACAUCUGCAAGAGCACGCCUCGGUUCUCGUACUGGUACAACCUCUGGCCCAUGGCCCAGCUUCCUGUUUUCAAACCCCCUCUGGAGUACGAACGGGACGAAGUCACCGGAAUGGAAGGCAGAAACACCCAUCCGAACCAGGCCUUCGACACGGUCAAGUGGGACAAGAUGGCCUACACGGAUCCGCAGCCCGUCGAUGGAAGUAGUAUCAGGCCGUCGUAUACCUCCGACCAAAGUAAAGCCAAGAAGGCGAAACUCGCGAAGAGAUCAGGCACCAAUAUGGACGUCAGCCAUCUCGUUGUCACCAGAGCAGAAGGGCAUGAGGCUUCGUUGGUAUGCAACAGCACGUCUUCGUAUGGGUAUGACGUCGUCUCACUCCGAGAGAGGACAUAUUGCGACAUGACAGUCAAGCGACUUUACAGUCUCUGCGACAACAUUCAUAAGGAAAACUGCUUCGACGUGGAAAAGCGGACUCUUGUCGGCCGCGGCGGGAUCAAUGCCCGAGGGGAGGUGUCUGCAGUCGGUGUCCCCCAAAAGCGUUACGAAUCAACAGACCAUUGGGAAGCGUGA